AUGUGUUUCCCCGUCGACUCAGUUGUCAGCCAUGUCCUGACGAAUAUUGCGGCCACGCCAUCUAUUACUCCCGCUACCAUUGUCAAUCCGCUCGACUCCCGAGCCACCAACAUAUUGGAUGCCCUGGAGCGCUCUAUGAGGCUGCAGAUAACAAUCUCGCCAGCGAUAGAAACGACAAGUACGGAAGUAGCCAUAGCAAGUACAGUCACGAGAGCGACUUCUACCAUCAUAGCCACGGCUACGGCUGAGCCCGCUGCUGCAGCGACUGCAAGUACUGGGACAGAAAGCCCUGGAGAUCAAGCUGGUGAGGUGGGCGCGGCCAAGUCCGCCCAGAGCCAGAGCACAGACCGUGACCCUGCAAAAGGGCCAUUUCCGGGGGGCAUUCCGACGCCCGACGAGGAUGUAUUCAUCACGGUGAUAUUCCUCGUCCUCUUUGGUCUGGGUGCUUUUACGCACAUCUCCAUCUUCCGAGCUAAUGCCAAACGUGGCCACAAAUUUCUUCUAUCAGACCUCAUGUUUGACUUUUGCAUGGUCCGGGUCAUGACCUGCAUCUUCCGGAUCGUCUGGGCGUUUUCCAGUCCACGUGGUGUCGUUUUGGCGGCAAUAAUAUUCCAGAAUGGCGGCGCCGCCGUCAUCUUUGCUGUCAACUUAUUUCUCGCACAGCGCCUCGUGCGCUCCAUGCACCCUGCUUUUGGCUGGCGACCGGCUUUCAGCUACUUCUCUCUGUUCUUGAUCUUUUCCGUCCCGGCCGCCAUCAUCAUGAACAUUAUUGCCACGGCCUUUAGCUUCUUCAGUGUCGGAAAGCCUACCCGGUUAGAGGCUUCUGAGGGAGUGCUAAGAGUCGGCGCGUCCUGGAACAUGAUGUUGGUUGUCAUGCCCCUCUUGUGGGUGUUCCUCGCGAGCGCGACGGCGAAUGCAUCACCCGAGUCGUUUGGCAUUGGUAACAUGGCCCGCAAAGGAAGCCUGCUCGUUUUCAGUGCAACUACACUGGCGGUUGGGGCGGCUGCGAAGCUGGCAGCAAUAGCCAAUCCUACCGCCGUCGAGGCCAUGUCUCCGUUGUUUACCAAAGGUGCAUUCUACACAACGGGCUUCAUGCUGGAGAUCUUGACAGUCGCUGCGUACGCCUUCUUUCGCAUUGACUUGACUUUCCACAUUCCAAACGGGGCCAGUGGACCAGGAGCCUACUCCAUGCAUCCCAAUGAUGGAAAUACCAAGUCUCGAUCAUGGACAACAGAUGAGGUCACGAGGGAGAUUGGCAAGAUUGGUGUCCGCUACGAGAUUUUGAGCUCCCGUAGGGGUGGUGGGAACAAAAAGGGGCCAGUACUUGCUCUACUGCAUCUCGACUCUACUGAAAAUGACGGGUCGGUCGACGCGGAACCGGAAUACGAGGAUCAGAGGCGACUGAGAAACGCUAGGGUGAGCCGAAGGCAAAGUUUCAUGGAGGCGGUCAUGCCAAAACGGCCUUCACGGGCAACAACGUCAACAAUGUACAUCACAGAGAAGCCGCCGGCCAGUCUGUAUAAUGAAUAG